GAACAAUCAGAUUAGAAGAGAAUCCCUUCACAAACAAGAAAGAGAUUGAAACAAAAAUUUUAAAUUAAAAAUGACAAGCAUGGGCUUCACAUCCAUCCUUAGUAAAUCCAACCAUGCCGGUGCAAUGGCAUUACGAAAUCCAUGGAGCUCUAGGAUUUUUGUUUCCGUUGCACCACGUCCUCUCCAGGCAAGUUUUCGCCAAGAGGCUAGAGUUAGUACACAGGCAUAUGACAAGGCUGCUGAUGCAGCGAAACAAGGUGCCAAUGAGGCAAUGAAUGCCGGCCAAGAUGUCAAAAAUAAAGUUGCCUCUAUUGCCGAAGAUAUGACCGAAAAAACAAAAGAGACAGCAGGGACGGUGGCGGAGACAGCGCAGGAUUUAACAGAGAAAGCCAAGCAAAGAGCAGGAGACGCAUGGGAUGCAGUCAAGGACACCACUCAAAAGAUCAAGGAGACCGUUGUUGGCAAUGGCAAGGCUGCUGCUCAAGAAACAAAGCAAUCCGUUAAACAAAAUGCAGAAACUGUCGAGCGCAGCAUGAACAUGAAAAAUGAAUAGACACACCCACACCCUACCAUACCCUACCCUGCCUUGCCUUCUUCUUGUGCAAAUUAUUAUAUAACUAUAUCAUAUCAUACAUAUGUGUAACCCACCCAUGUUUUUGGAGUGAUUAUUACUUAGUAAUAUGGGGGUAUUAUUUGAUAUUGUUCCCAUGAUCCUCCCAAUUAGUGAUAUUAAAAUUUUUUAUGAGUGAAAUAAAAUUAACUCUCUUU